CUAAAUGAAAGUUAUAUAUCACACAUAUAUUCUCUAUAAAGCUCCAGUGCUGAUGAUGUGUUGUGUGUUUGUCAGAUUGUGGUAAAGGUCGAGUCAAACCCCACAGACGCUCAGGACACUGUGUGUGACAGUAAUCACACCUUGAAUCAGGAUGAAUCUACUGAUCAAACCUCCACAGAGUCUCUGGAUUCUGUCUGUAACGCUGGAGAACAGCAGAUCCUGAACACCAGACCACUGAACAUGUGUUCUGUCAGAUUGAUAGACUGCAGGAAAAUGAUGGAAAUGAAAACACAAACAUCAGCAGAAGAAGAAGAAGAGCAUCACACUGAUGAAGAUGAGAAUCAUGAUGAUGAUGAGGAUUUCAUUCCUUCAGAUGCGAGCGGUGAUUCAUGUGGUGAUGGAGAAACGGCCUCUACAUCAAAACAGCGACUGACAGCACAAACUCUUUCCUGCAUCACCUGUGGAAAGACAUUCAGUUCACAGAGACGUUUAGAGACACAUGAGAGAAAACACACAGAACAGAAACUCUUCACCUGCACCAGAUGUGACAUCAGCUUUCCUACCUUACAAGAGAAGAAACUUCAUUCACAAGAGCACAGAGACAAGAAACACUUUCCCAGUCAGCAGUGUGGGAAGAAUUGUGUCUCAUCUUUUCAUCUGAAGAAUCACAUGAGGACACACACUGGAGAAAAACCUUUCCACUGCAGUGAAUGUGACAAACAUUUUAGAACCAAAGGAAGUCUUGUUGCUCAUCAGAGAAUUCACACGGGAGAAAAACCGCACAAGUGUCCUCACUGUGAGAAGAGAUUUAACCACAAACCUCAUCUGAAGGAACACGUGCGUUUACACACCAAUGAGAAACCGUUUCAGUGCAGUGAAUGUGGAAAAACCUUUAGGGUUUUAGGUUAUUUGAAGUCGCACCAAAAAAAACACUCUAAUGAGAAACCUUAUCAGUGUUCACACUGUGAUAAAUGCUUCCGUCAUAAAUCUCAUCUGAUAAUUCAUGAGAGAACUCACACUGGAGAGAAACCUUAUCUCUGCUCUGACUGUGGAAAGAGCUUCUCUCAGCCACAUAUUUUUUUCUUUCAUAAAAGAGUUCACACUGGAGAGAAACCUCAUCACUGCAGUGUUUGUGGGAAGAGUUUCAGUCAAAAUAACAACUUACUAAAACAUCAGAGAACUCACACAGGUGAAAGACCUUAUAAAUGUUCUCAGUGUGACAAGACGUUUGCUCGAUCAGAUGCCCUGAGAACCCAUCAGAGAGUUCACACUGGAGAGAAACCUUAUCACUGCUCCAUAUGCGAAGAGAGAUUCGUUUAUUUAGGAAGUUUUAAUUCUCAUCUGAAGAAACAUGCUGAAGAACAAACUAAACUGGAAUCAUCAUAGUUGCGUCUUUUUUGUUUUACACUACAACCCCUUAUUUUUGUCAUUUAUGAAUAGAACUGAACUUGAAUUGUUUGUCAUCAGAUUGAUUCCCUGACAGCACACAUACAUCUUUGAGACGUCUAUUUGAUGUCUGCAUUUAUAUCUGAAAGAUUUGUUUUGGAUUGUUUGCUCAUCAGCAAUUUCUUGUUAAAACAAAACUUGGAAUGUAACAAAAUUAGUGCCGACCAUGCACAGAAAUAUGUGUAAAGAAUAGUAAAGAAGUUGUUUCUGAGUUUCUUCUGUUUUUACGAUUUGUGUUUUAAAUCUAUUUUCUGUCAAGUAACUUUGCAAAAUUGUAAAUGAAAUGGAAUUUCACGUGGAAUUUAAAUGGCUGAUUUUCCCAAUAUCAUAUUCCUGCGAUACAGGAGACUUUAGCUUUUGAAUUCUGAAACUGUUUUUUUUUAAAAGUGCAACAUUACAUUUUACAUUUUUAGGCAUUUGGCAGACGCUUUAUCAAUUUACAUUCCUUUAUCCUAUACAUUUUACAUAGGUAUUUGCAAUCCCCUGGGA